UCUUGCACAAUAUAAACAACAACGGGACGAAAUGACAUUGUUGCCUCAAACUCAUACCCAGCUAUGAAACGAGACGUGUUGUAUGUCGUUCUUCCACUUUUGCAGGUUCUGAGUGAUUAUGAAACCCAGGGAAGCUUGGUCCUAAAUUCAUCGCAAGGUUUUUUCCAUUUCUGCGAGUUCUCGGUUCUUCCGGUAGCGGUGUACCCUUUCAAUAGCGAAACUUUCGCCAAUGAUGUCUCACAGCAUAAAGCCGUCGGUGAGUUGGUGGGCACAUUAUUUUCCCCAGGGAUUAAUGGCGACCCAGGAGGUUCCAUAGAAGUCCAAGGCAGAGCCGAUUCCUACAUCGAGCUAAGCAGAGAUGCUGGAAACUUGAAUAUUAAGUUGUCAAUCACUAUCUUAUUGUUUGUGUACCCAAUGGGUAGCCCAGGCCCCAUUGUGAACUACAAGAAAGACGGGCACGGUGUUCAGAUUUACGAGACAGGCAGUGCCCUUGCGGCGCGCGUCAUCCAGCGAAACGACGGUAGGACAAAGCCUGUAGAGACGAAGAAAAAACUACAGCGAGAUCAGUGGCAUUUCAUUGGAAUGACCUACAACUACUCAAGCGGGUUGGUAAAGCUGUGGGAGGACGGACGCGAGGUUGCAUCCAGAAAUAUCGGAAGUAUACAGAUCGCCACACAGUUUGAUGUUCGCAUCGGAGCUCGUCAAAUAGUUAAUGACUACAACUUCUUCAGAGGCAGGGUAGCAUGUUUGCAAUUCUACUCCACAGCGCUAACGCAACGGGAAAUUGAAAAGGCGCGAAUAGCUUGCAUUCCCUUUGAACCUGUGAGUACAAUUUAUAUUAAAGUACGGCAUAAAGACAAGUACAUCGAGGUAAAUGACAACGUCUCGGUUGAGGUACGCAACGACAAGAACUUAAAGUUCAAUGAGUAUAAAUACGAUAUGGGUGAUGGCAGUCCGCUCGUUACCACAGAUCAUGACUUCAAUUACCAUCGCUACUCGACGCACGGAGAUUUUGUCGUGGAGGCCAUCAUAUACAGUCGUUGCAGGAAUGAAACUUUACGAGUAAGAGCUACUGUUACUGUCGAGAAACCCGUGGAGUUGCUGGGAAAUCUGACCCUGUCAAUAGAUCCCGUUCCAUUCCCCGCUUCCCUGUCAGCAGUUCUGACUUCAAAUCGAGGCACUGAUUUCAAAUGUUACUGGAACUUCAGUGAAGGUCACGUGGCUGAGACGAGUUUCGCGGAUCACGGAUUAAUACACAAAUUGAAACACACAUUUAACGCCACGGGAACGUAUUUGCUGCAUGUCAGUUGUAAUAACAGGCUAAGCAGAGCGAAUGUUACCUCGUUGGUGAUUGUACAAGUUCCCGUUAAGGGAUUAGUUAUUGACAAAAUUACUCCAAAAGCUUUUCUCAGGGAGUUUCGAGUCACGUGGCAUCUUCAAAGCGGUAGUGACAUUGAUUACACCGCAAGCUUUGCGAAUAAGGACCUCGAGAUACUCAAAGGCCAAAACGAUUCAAGCGGCUGGGCGUGGGUACGACGUCAAGAUCACGUGGGUCCAGGCAUCUAUGACGUCACUGUCACAGCAACCAAUAAGGUGAGUGGGAUAUUGCAAGCUACAGAAACGGUCCGCAUAGAAAAGGAAGUGCAACCUUUUGUGCCAAUUGUGUUUCAUUUAAAUAAAGACAUCGAAGUCAAUGAAACUUUGUUUCUGCUUGUGACAAAAAUUAACGAGGAAAAUGUCGCCAAUCCUGUUUAUCAUAUCGACUUAGGGGAUGGCAGAGAGAUGAUGAAAACAAGAAGUUUAACAACAAAUUUCAGCUAUCCAGACUACGGAGACUUUCUGGUCACCAUAAAUGCUUCAAACAACGUAUCGUUCUAUAACACGUCUAUCUUAAUCAGGGUCCACAAACCGGUGCUGUUGAUAGAAGAUUUAACUCUCACUACCAAACCCACAAUAUACUUACAAACCACCGUGAUAACUGCACGCAUAACAAGAGCCUCGGAUGUUGUUUGCACCUCUUCGUUCGAUGAUAUUCCCAAUUAUAGCAGUGAGUUUGACCUACGCGCAGAAUCCGCCUGGGAUCCCGUUAGACGUUCCAUGGAUGAGAACGUUCCCGAUGUGAGGUUUUUAAUAACGCGUAAUUACACCAGGGUUGGAGUCUACUCUGUCAAAGUCAGUUGUAAAAAUCGCCUCAGUCAAAAGAACGCAACGAUCGAUGUUACAGUUCAGGAAUUAGUCACUGGAGCUCGUUUGAUUGCCAUUAAGCCAGUAACGCUCGGCAAACCGAUCAACAUCAGCCUGGAAUUAAGCUCAGGAACCAAUGCUUCUUUUGAACUAGACUUUAAUGGAUACAAAUUCCAGCAGACAAUGGAAGGAUCCUCGAUUUUUCAUGUUAUAAAUCAAGACGUGUACCACUCUGCCAGUUUUCACGAAUUCACUGUAACCGUUUGGAACCUUGUGACCACUGCUAUUCAAAUCCCAGGCCACGUGAUCGUAGAAGUUCCCAUAUAUGGUCUUGAGGUUUACGUCACAGGAGGUGCACGCGAUAUAGAAGUCAAUGAGAGCGUGAAUAUGGCAGUCAGCUUGAUAAACGGAAGUAACCCGGAAUUUGUGUUUGACUUUAACGAUGGAAGCGAACUUUUUAUCACCCACAGGCAUGCUGUUGACUACAAGUUUAAUCCCCAUUCUUUGUAUGUGGUGAAUGUCACAGCAAGAAACAAUGUAAGCCAAGAAUUUGCCCUAGUCGAUAUCUCAGUCGUUAAGCCUGUACUUGCACUCAAGGGUCCCUCGGUUAGCAUCUCGCCAACUGCUGUGAAUGACGCAGCCAAACUUGUCCUCCGUCUGACGGAAGGUUCUGAUUUCUUCUGUCUCUGGCAGUUCGGGGAUGGUUCAAUUCUGAAUUCCAGCUACGAGCAUCUUAGCUUUUAUUUCGAUGGCAAGACGACAGACAAAAGACUUUUCCAAAAUCUGACAUUUUUUGUUCAACACAAGUACACAUCUGCAGGAAUCUUUCACGUGUCAGUCAGUUGUCAAAACCGCCUGAGCUCAGAAGUUGCUUUUGCAAAGAUCGUGAUUCAAACCCUUAUCAAGGGUUUAAAUAUCAUAAAGGUUCCCACUCAAGUCGCUGGCCAGGAAUUUCAAGUUUCUUGGAAAAUUUUAUCAGGAACAAAUGCGACAUUCAAUGUCACCAUUGACAGAGGAAGCAUCAGGUCUAUUCACACUUCAGCAUUAGAAGGUUUUGCUAAAAUCGUUCUCUCUGCCCCUGGUCAAUACACAAUCUGGGUCUCAGCCCAGAACUUGGUGAGCCCGAUUCAGACUCGGUCAGCGGAAAUCACAGCAGAAGUUCCAAUCUCUAACGUGACUGUCAACGUCACAUAUGAAUCGCGUGACCUAGAGAUAAACCAGAAUGCCACCUUUAUCGUUCAAUUAGGUACAGGAACAAGUCCAGUGUUUGCAUUCUCUUUUGGCGAUGGCUAUAAAUUUGUGAAUGAACUUGGAAAGGUCACGCACAAAUAUGGUUUUAGCGAUGUUUACCUCACGCAACCUAAUGUUACUUACCAGGUUCGUGUGGAGGUUUAUAAUAAUGUCUCUUCUGCUGCUUCCUUGCUGAAUGUUACGGCACAUAGACCAGUUCUUCGACUUCAGGACGUAAAGCUUUUCGCGUUUCCCUCUAAUGUCUCUGAAAAUGCGAGGAUUAUUCUUACCAUCCAGCAAGGCUCCGAUGCUCUCUGUGUCUGUAAUUUCGGAGACGGGAGCGUACCGCGUGAACUGAACUUAUCCAAGAAGGCAUUCUUAGGCGCAGAUCGGACACCGGUGGAUAUCUUUCGCAACAAGAGCUAUCAAAUCAGCCAUGUGUACGAAAAAGUGUCAAAAUACCAGCUGCUUAUGGAGUGCAGAAACAGGCUCAGCUAUGAACGCCAAGUCAUAGAAAUUGUUAUCCAGGAACCGAUAAGAGACCUGGAAAUUUCAGACAUUCCUCCCCGGCUGUUUAACGAAACUGUAGUCAUCUCGUGGAAAAUUGCCAAUGGCACCGAUGUAAGCUUCCGAUUUCUCUUCGCAAACUUAGGCUUUCAAGAGUUGGGAAAGCGUCGAAAUAUCACAGUCACACCUGGUGAAUAUAAAGUUUCUGGUGUGUUCAGAGUCUUGGUUGUGGCUCGGAACUUAGUAUCCCAGAUGGUUGACCGGACAACGGCAAUAAUUCAACUUCCGGUCUCCAUCCAGAACGUGACUGCUAGGAUACCUCAGCAAGGCGGGUCACGUGGUGGGUACGGCUUUUUAGGUGACUACUUCCCGGCUGGCCGUGACGUCACGUUCGAGGUUAUCGCUCAAGGAAGUGACUUAUCAUACCAGUGGCAAAUUGAUAACGGGAUGGAAAAAUUCACGAAAGAAACUUCUAUUAGUCAUAGAUUUUACCGAGUUGGACCCCACAAUUUGACGGUACUGGCGAGAAACAUGGUAAGUGAUGCCCACGCUAACAUCACCGUAGUGAUUCAGUACGCCAUUGAAGAUCCCGUAUUAGAGAGCAACAGCCCGCAGAAAGUGAAACAACCAAUCAAGUUUCACCUUAGCGCCGCGCAGCUCGGUACAGACUCGUGCUUCUCUGUGGACUUUGGAGACGGUAAACAUUCCUUAUGUGGUCAUCCUGGAUGCAAAGCUAGAAACUCGACAGCAAAAUUUACUGUGAUAUCAGCAGUGGAAAGCGUUAAGUUUGAGCAUGUCUACAGUCAAAUUGGAGAGUACAGUGUUUCGUUGAACGCUUCCAACGAGGUGUCGUUCGUUCAAGUUGGCACGGUUGUAGAAGUGGAGUAUGCACCUUGUGCAAGCCCCGAUAUAGAAAUCGAAAACCUCAGUGCACACUCAAAGACGGCUUCCAAGUCAUUCCGAUCUGAUCCCUACGUUGUCCACACUCAUAUACACCUUGGCUGCGAGAGAACAAACAAAGUGAAAUUCAACUGGAAACUGCUUUUAUUAGACGAAAACGGCGUUCAAAGCACCAAUCAUGAUAACAUUAUUCUGACCGAACGUGAACUAAACAUUCCCAGGAAAGUACUGGCGUAUGGUUUAUAUGAAGUACACUUCACUGCGCAGAUGGCGCUUCCCGAUACCAACAAAUACCGCAGCACGGCGAUUGGCUAUUUAAGGAUUGUUCCUUCGCCGCUCGUUGCAAAAAUUGACGGUGGUAAUUUGAUCAGCCGGGGGUUUGGGAAAGAGGUAAAGAUUGACGCGUCCCCAUCAAAAGACCCGGAUGUUGACAGUGGGAAAGAUUCUGGAUUACGUUACACUUGGUUAUGCAGGAGCGUUCACACUCAGUUCCCAAAAGAUGUUUUCCCGCAGAUGAACUUGCGCACUCCUUACGACACCACAAGUCAACCAGCACUACCUGGUACAGCUCAUUCUACAGGUUGCUAUGGUGAUGGAGAGUUCGUCUUUGUUGGUAAUAAUGCUUCGCUAAGUCUUAACACGACGAGAAUGAUGGAAGAUGCGACGUAUGUGGUGUUUGUAAUCAUAAGGAAAGGAGCAAGGACAGCGCAUGAGUAUCAAGUCGUGGAGGUUAUUCAAGGCGAUCCACCUGUGUCAAGAUUAGACUGCAAGCAGAACUGCGCAGAAAAAAUCUGUCCCUCCAAGCGAUUUUCCCUUGUUGCCAGCUGUUUUGAAGGAUGCAUUGGACGCCUUAUCUACGAAUGGCAAGUCUACAAAAAAGUCGGCAACGGCUCUGUCAAGUCUUGGCAACUACAAACAUACAUCGGGCAGAACUUAGCUGAGGUGAAGGAUCCCACAGGUCCUGUGUUCACGCUACCUAAGAACGUCCUCCAAGGCUCCAGCGAGUACCUUAUUCGUCUGUACGGGCGUAGAGAAAAGGGGAUCAGCGGAAAGACUGAGAGUGUGUUUUCAACAAAUGAAGUCCCAAAGGGAGGAGCCUGCUUUAGUUCGCCUACAAGAGGUGAUGCAUUGGUAACUAAGUUCCAUAUUUGGUGCGAAGGCUGGAAGGAUCCCGACACGCCACUGAGCUAUGAAUUCUACUACAAAAAUGACGAAGGGAAGUUGGUACUGUUUUAUUAUGGUUUUCAUAAUUCUACAUACUCUGAGCUGCCUCUGGGAAAUCCAGCGCGCGAUUACACUCUGGAGAUAUACAUGAAAGUGUUGGACUUCUUCAAAGGCGCCGCCCACGAUCAUUUGCUUUUGCAGUCACUAGAACCUGAGUUAGAGCAGGAGCAACUGGGUGAUAUGCUAUCUAACAUGACAUCAGGGGAAAACAGUGCUCUGAGUAAACUGGUCAAUGUAGGAGAUAGUCAAGCAGCUUUGAGGAUGGCAGGAGCUGUCAACUCACUGCUUAACUCACAGAGUUCUAAAUCACCCUCCAACGACACCGACGGAAAGGAUACAAGGAAGGAAAAGAGAAAAGCGGUGCGAACAUCAAUCAUAAAAGCAGCCACGUCACUUCCUGUGACAUCGCUAGAGGGUUUGCAGCAGUCCGCUGACAUGAUAGCGAGUGCUUCAAUGUUCAAGGAUGAAACAUCAACAACAGCUAUGAAUGCUUCUAACGAGGCUUUUGCUAGAAUGACAGCCUUGUUAAAGAGCAGUUCUGAUGAUUUUGCUGGAUACGACGCAGUGGUUAGCAGCGCCGAGUCCCUCCUCUCUGGAAUGGGACAAGUUCUUAAUGCCGCUGGGAGCUCUGUAAAUGUCAAGCCCAAAAAGAUGAAUGCCACGAAAGCACCUCCAACUUGUGGACCUUACGAGUUUACUUGCAAAGAAGUUGAUAACGAGGAACUUAGAAAUAUGACGGAAGAUGAAGCUGUGGAGCUUGACGAAGAAUCUUCAAAAAGUCGAGAUGCAGCAAACAAUAUCGUAGGUAUGCUUGGAAAUGUCAGCGGUUCUGUCUUAGAGAACAUGCUCCCUGGUCAACAGCCCAGUGUCAUAUCAACAGCAAAACUCAACAUGGCAGUAGAACGCUCAGACCCAGACUCUACGGAAGGAUCCUCUAUCGGUGACGGACUGGCCGGCUUUCAGAUGCCUUCGUUUGGAAAGCUGUUCAGUAAUUCAAGCUCAGACCUUGAUGCUCCCGUGGACAAACAGAUGGCUGCUAUAAACGAGAACCCUUACACUUGGGACAAAGGAUCUUCAAGCAUAACUGGAAAAGUCGUCAGCCUCUCGUUCAAAAGCAAAGGUCAGAUAAUCAAUGUCGCUCAUCUGGACGAAGAUGAUCCAAUAGAUGUCUUUCUUCCAAGGGAUUCUCCUGUCCAGCCUCCAGAGAAAUUCACUUUCAACUGUUCUGUACACCGGGGAUGGCGCAUCCAUAAAUUGGUGGUGGAUAAAAAUGGCAGCGCUGUUAACGUGGAAGCUAGUUUAGUCGGCUUGAGUCAGCAGUUUGUGGUUUAUGUCAGGCGUGGAAAAGCUCCCACAACGACGGAGUUCGACUGGAGGGUGGUGUCUCCGAAUAUAACCGAUGACAUGCGAACGGAUCCGAACCAGGACCAAAAAUAUCCGAAUACCACCGAACAAAGCUUACGUGCGAACGCGACUAACCAGAAUCCGAAAGCUCUUAAUAUAUCCUCCAAUUCAACGGGAGCUUUAAAUGAAACAAGUGGCCAAGAAAACAAUCACACUAAAGAAACUAAUGCGACAAGUGCGACAACACUCAAAUCAAUGAAGAUUCAACAGUCAAACUUGACGGUGUUUCUUUCCCAGAGGAGACUCUACGUCGGAACCUAUUACAUUGGCAUCAAGUUUUCAGCAGUGUCCUUGGAGAACGAGCAAAAACACUCAACUGAGUGUUCAGGCAACGAUUCAAGCAUCUCCUACACACUAAGGACAUUAAAAUCCAGAUGUUUAUAUUGGAACGAGGAAUUCCAAAAAUGGAAAACUGACGGAUGUGAGGUUGGCAACUUAACGAGCGCGACGCGAACUCAUUGUCGCUGUACACAUUUAACAGCGUUUGGUUCCAUGAUGGAUGUCACUCCAAACCCGAUCGACUUCAGCGCCGUAGCUGCGGGCUUCAGUUCUAUGUUUGACACUGGAAAUGUGGUUGUUUUCAUCUUUAUCGCUGCCAUGUUUCUUUUUUAUGUCCUUGUGCUGGUUUGGUCAAGAAGAGCCGAUAAGAGAGACACAGAACAGGCUGGAGCAACGCCUAUUUUUAGCAACGUACCCAAUGCCACCUAUCACUAUGAGCUUACGUUUUUCACUGGUCAGCGGAGGGGUGCGGGUACAACUGCUCAAGUGUCGUGUACGUUGGUGGGUGACCGCGGUGAAAGCGGAAUCUGUAUUUUGAAAGACGCAAACCGCCCGACCUUCCGACCAGGGUCCACCAAUUCCUUCAUAAUCUCCGUCGGCGCUUCUUUGGGCACAAUUACCUCUCUUAGGGUCUGGCAUGACAAUCACGGGUUAUCACCCGCGUGGUUCUUGAAGCGGGUCCUUCUCCGCGACCUUCAGUCAGAAGCAUGCGUGGUGUUCAUUUGCGAGCGAUGGUUUGCACUCGAGGAGGAUGAUGGCGUGAUCACGCGUGAGCUAACUCCUGCGGGGGAAAAGGAUUUAACGUCGUUUUCGAGGCUUUUUAGUAGUAAAUUGUACAAAGACUUCACGGAUGCCCAUCUUUGGUUCUCUGUGUUUCUGAAGCCAUCUAGAAGUACAUUUACCCGAGCUCAGCGCGCUUCGUGUUGCCUUUGUCUGCUAAGUACCGCCAUGGUGUCCAGUGCCAUGUUUUACGGGCAAACUGGAGCCGGGGACGAAGGCGGGAGUCUGGUUCUGGGCCCGAUUGAAAUCAACUUAAGAUCGGUCAUGAUUGGUAUACAGUGCAGCCUCGUUAUCAUUCCUGUUAAUGUUGCUAUAGUUACCAUCUUUAAAAGUGUGAAAGUUAAAGGGGCUGGAAAGAGGGGCAAAGAAGGCGACGAGCAGUCUUUGAACGAAACCAUUUCCACUGCGGAAGACGAAUUUUCCGAAAUCGACGAAACGAGUUCCGCGUUUGAAGCGAAACUUUCGCCAGACAAGGAUGUGGACCUAGAUUGCGUUCAAUGUGAAAUUAAUGAUUCUAGAAGCGUGGAGGGAGAUUACCAGCUCGUCAUGGAAAACCCAUCAAGAAAAUUGUCUUCUGAAAAACAUUGGUUUUUCCGAAACCCACGAGCAGGGCGACACAAAUAUGUGGUCCAAACAAACAGCACAGAGUCUAAAAGUUCCGAAGAUGUCGAGGACACUUCAGGAAACUUACGCGAGGAACACGAGACUGGCACGUGGUGGUGUUGCCGAAAACAAAGAAAAGAAAAGAACGAGAGCGAAGAAAAGAACGAAGCGGCAGAAAAAAAGAAAAAGAAAGCUGAAGGAUUCUUACCGUAUUGGUGUCUGUAUAUAGCGUGGUUCCUGUGCAUCGCAGCGUCUUUUGCAUCGGCUCUGUUCACGUUAUUUUACAGCAUGAUGUGGGGAAAGGAAAAGUCGAAUCAGUGGUUCUUUUCUAUGAUAUUAACGUUCAGUCAAGACACGUUUAUAAACCAACCAGCUAAAGUUUUGCUCUUGUCAACUGCUUAUGCAAUUUUUGUAAGGAAGAGUGACGAGGAGAGUGAGGCAGAACAGAGUAACGAAGAUCCAAGAAAAGGUCAAGACGAAGAGUGGCUUCAUGAAACUGACAUACUGGACACAGAUGACAGACAGAAAGAACUGCUCCGGUACCGGCCCCCUGACGAGAGCAAGCUAAGCGCUCUACGUGAAACCAAAAUAAGAGAAAAACAAUUGAAGAACAAGUUCAUGAAGCUUUUCGAUUACCUGUUUAUCCUGCUUGUCCUUAUAUUGGUCAGUUAUGGCACCCGAGACCCACAAUCCUUCUUGAUGAGAAACUCUAUGGAGCAGGAGUUUAUCCAUCCACUCACCGUCGCCUACCCCCAGGGGCUGGAUGAUGUGAACAAUCUGCCACUAUUUUUGAAAUGGGGAGAGCAGUCUUUGAUCCCUCAUUUGUACGAGCAAGACUGGUACAAUGGAGACAAAGUCAAGAACAGAACUGGAUUCACUUCCGGUAGAGUAAACAAACGACUUGGACGGAUGAGACUACGACAAGCUCGGAUUCAGAAUGGUAGUUGCACUGUGCAUAAACUACUGAAAGACAUUAUCCCGGAGUGCAAUCCUCCUUAUCAAAAAUCAUUCGAGGAUACCCGGUUGUACAGUCCCCGAUGGAGAGAUGGUAUUCAAACAGAAAGUUCCUUGGGGAACAAAAGAAGCGUAUCGGGGCAGCUUUCUCCUUGGGUUUACUUGGAUCCCACGGAAUCGAAUUCUUCAUUGACAAUUUACGGUAGAAUCGCGUUUUACCCCGGCGGGGGUUAUGUGGCAGAAUUUGGCGAUAGCGUCGAAGAGGCGAUGGCUCUUAUUGACUAUCUGAAGUCUACUCGCUGGAUAGACAGAUACACGCGAUCAGUUAUUAUUGAAGGAGCAAUAUACAAUCCAAACACUAACCUUAUUGGAGUUGUGGAGACGGCCGUGGAAGUAACCUCAGCGGCUGCCUUUUUACCGCGAGUGAACUUUAAAAUCUUCAGAUUAUUUGCCUGGCUGAAUCCUUCUUAUAAAUUCAACUCGGCGUGUGAGAUUUUAUUCUUUGUGAUUCUCCUUUACACACUGUACACAAUCAUCAAGGGCAUUUAUUGCAAGAAGAAGGAGUAUUUUCGACAGACAAUAAGCUGGCUUGACAUGAUCUUCUUUGUCAACGGCUUUGCCAUCGUUGUGGUUUAUGUAGCGCGUGAGAGCAAGCUCAAGAGUGCGGUGGCAACCCUUAAAAAAGAUCAAGAGUGGUUUAUAAACUUCUCCGAGUGCGGACUGUACAACGAGGCCACAGUGUACUUGUACGCGUUUGCAGACUUCAUUGCCAUAUUGAAAUUCAUCGACAUUCUUAGCUUCACCAGAUGUGUUCAACUUUUGUCCACGACCAUUUACAGAUCUUUAGUUGAGCUUCAAUCAUUUGCUGUUAUGUUGUUUACCAUAUUUAUGGCCUACGCCUCAAUGGCAUUCACAAUCUACGGACCUUACUUGGAGGACUACAGGUCUGUUUCGGCGACCCUGGUUUCCUUAACAAGCAUCGUACUGGGGGUGUUCGACUAUACCGACUUUACUUCGCAGCCCGAUUACAAGACCAUUGGAUAUUUCUUCUUCGUGACUUUUUCUAGCAGUCUGAUGUUCAUAUUUACAAACGUCGUCAUAACGAUCAUCAAUGUCGUACACAAAGCUGUCAGCGGCGACGAGGAGAUCAACAAAAACGACGCCAGUAAUUUCAACAUCAUCCUGGAUAGACUGUUGAUCUUCACCGGCUUUCGGGGACCACCAACCCGAGAGGAACCAGUCAUCGAGGAGCCGUCCAUUGCUGAAUUACAGUGGAACUGGCACGUGCAGUAUGUAAUGGACAACCAGAUAAACCGGUUGAACGGGCUGGUAAAUUCGAUCUACACCCACGACGAAAUGGAAGAAAUAUCUAUUCUGAGGGUGUUUUCGCCAAUACCAGAGGUAGAAAAUAAGACGGUAACAGGUCAUGGUUACCAAGGAGACCAAUGCGACGUGUUUUCAAAUGCUGCUGCUGCUGACCGAACCAAAGAGCCUGAGCACGAGCACGGGGACAAUGACAAAAUGGACAUUCCAAAUCAAGGGGCGCUUAUUAAGGAAAGUGACCAACAGUUGCCAAAUGUCUCUGCUUCUGAACCGCAGAAGACUUCAAUUGAAACAAUUAGUGACUUGAUCACGAAGAAAGCUAAAGAACUGGAAAGGUUGGAAAAGGAGGGUGCUUGCGACGAAACAGAAAGAUUACGUCGUGUUAAAGUCAUCAGGUGUCUUCAGGAUCUACUGAACAAAGCUAUGGGUACCCAGGAUUCCACCAACCUAUUUCUGAACCACGACGAGGAAUCACACGUUUGAACGAAGACAUAGUAUUAAAGCUAAAGACACCGCAAAUUACGGUGGUCAACUAUAGCGUACUUGGUGUAGCUAACAAAGUGAAGAUAAGCGAUUUGUUAAUUAGGUUGUUAGCCUUUUAAGCAAUGGAGCCGAGCCUCGAUUAAAGAAUAUCAACUCAUUGGCGGCGUGAAAUUGAAACCUGAAAUCCAAUCGUUAUUGCUUUAAAAAUAAUGAACAAUUUCAGUGCCUAGCACAACACAUAAACUACUAAAUAUUAUUAAGUAAAAUGCAGUGUAUUAUUAAAAGUGACGAAACAUACAGAGUAACGAUAUUUUCUCUGAGAAUUUAGCUAAUUAAGGUGUCACAUUCUUUCACCUUUCCUGACCGAUUCUUAUAAAUAAAGGAAGAUAAACUGCAAUUUUUCACAGUAAAGGAUCGUGUAAAUAAAAUCAAAAAUAAGUCAUGUAGUCGCUCACUCAAAUCAUCUUGUCUCCCUAGUGUUUAACUGGGUGUCUGAAGAAUUGACUUCUAAAAAAGCUGACUAUAUCGAAAUUCAAGUUGAUAUGGAACUUUUCUAACACUUAAAAUAUAGAAUAACAACAAUAGUCCAGCUAAUUCACCAUGUCUCGAAGGCCGGUGCCUCAUGAUUCUGUCUUUGCUAUAUUAUCUGCGUGUUUGUUUUAACCAUUCGCUCCGCACUUGGUGAAAGCAAAAUUCACCGGAGAAACUGAGAAAACCUUAUAGCUUAUGAGAAACAUACUACAUAGACCCUAAGGACCAAUUUAUUACACGCAAGUCUAUACCUGACUUAUGCCUUGGUUUGUUUCUCAUAUGUUACACAAGGAUUUCGUGCAAAUGGAAGGCCCAAAAUCCGCGAUCCUAUGGAAAAAUCGUGUGGAAAGGAACUUAACUGCGCAAAAAUCCUCUAAAUGUCGAUGCGCAUUACUUCUAGUAACAAAUCGAUAGUUGAAAAAUCAAAAUAGUUUCAGAAUUGGUGUUACUGAAUUUAUAGCCAUAUGUUUCCAUAGCAUUUUACAGAAUCAUGGGAAAAAUUGCUUUAAGCAGGUUAAUAUAUAUAUAUUUUUUAAUAAGAAAGCUCGACUUAUGUUAAUUCUCUACAUUCUAUAACUCUGAGCAAGAGAGUAUGAACCAGGAUAAUUAUGAAAAACGAUGUUAAACUAAGGUUUCACAGAGCAGAAUUUCACAAUAGGGUUUAAAAUUUUGCGCCAUCAAUUUUACUUUGGCCUUCUUUCGGACCUUGAAAUAAAAUCCCCUAGUAAUCCGAGUGAAUUAAUUUACGCUUCGACAUUUUUUCGCGGAUCCUUAAUUUCAAGCUUUUUUUUGUAUCGCAAAAACCGUCAAAAUAAAGUCCAGUGAAAAUAAGUAAUUAUUAAGAAAUAGACAUCGACUCAUACAUAGAAACACGAGUGCAAGUUUGGGACAAGUGGGGACACGAGUCACAAGCCAGUGUUUCCACAGCUUUUCUGACGAGUUCUCCCAAAUUUUCACGAGUGUUUCUAGACUCUGAGAAAAUGUCCUAUAUUUAUAAAACUAAAGUUACUCUUUUAUUAUCAUUACGUGGACAGCUCAUUCUAGUGCUUUGUUCCUUUCGAGUUUUAGUAUUAAUCUACUAGCGUUCUAUUAUAAAUGCCGUUGUCUGAUUGG